GGAAAGCUAAAUCAGGUUUAUAAUAGGACCUUGACCCGUUGUCUAUGACGCAACAAGAACCAGAGAUCUGCUCAAUAAGGCCAUUUAAAGCUUCACGCAUCUUCUUAGCUCUAGCUCGCGUGACUGGACCUCCUUGGGUGUGUAAUGGAUCACAUGACGUGGAUGUCAAUCAUGUCGUCAUCGAUGUUGGAGCAUUAGGAAACAUUGCUGAAGAAGUUUGUGACUUUUACUCAAUCAUUGCUGGAAGUGGUGAAGACAAUGGACAGUGGGUACCAGUUUGUCCUCCUAUUCUUGGCAUGGUUGAGGAAGAAUAUGAUCAUGUUGCCGCAACUGGUGAAGAACUCGGGUCGAGACCCGUUCACAACGAUAAGCGCUUGGGUGUGAAGUAUGACGAUUCAAGCCUCAUUCCAAUUUCUGGCGACGGCUUUGGUCCUAUUCCCAUCCUUGGUGAUGAUAAAGUUCUGUCCAAAUCUAAAGAGGCUAAAAGGGUGGAGGCCUUGGCUGUGAACAUGGAAAAAGCCUUGGCAAAUCCCGAAGUUCGGCAAAAAAUUCUAGCCAACGAAAUAAGUAAACCUCCGCUUCCUGACGACAUACUUAGUGUUGUUGACUCUAUCAUUGAUUGGAGUGACCCUACAUCUUUCACAGCUGAGUUACUGAAGAAGGCUAAAGCUAGCGAAGCUCCACCACAAAAGCCUACUACGGUGUUUAAAAAGGCAAGGCCAAGGUUGCAAUCGGUGUUAGUAGAGAAAAGGGGAAGAAGGUCACUGAGAGGUAAAGACAAGGGUUUCCAAGGCAACAUUAACACAAACAGGGCUGCCCCUAAAGAAUUCAAAUCAGAUGUGGGCAAUGCUGUGAAGAAAUCCAUUUCCAAUAAAAGCAAAGUGGACGUUGGCACACCAGCCAUAAGCUUAGCAAAAAAGGCUACCAACCCUAGGGAGGUUGAGCAUAAUGGUCAGCCAUCCUCGACUCCAGCUAAGUCAGGUGAGAUCGAUGACUUGGCCCUGAGGCUGCUCAAAAAUCUUGAUGAAAUGAAUGAGGACAAAGAUGUCUCACUAGCUCGAUUCGGCUUAGUGCCCAUGGGUGGCUCGCGAGCAGUGGGUAUGUUUGCAAUGCCCACAAUGUUGGAGUCAUGGGCAUGCUAUCUAUUAGACAUCUUUCCAAAUCUGAUGACGCGCAAAAAAGCCAAGUGGUGGGAUGCCAUUGAUGAUGCUAAAAGUAUAAACUUCAAAGUCAACGCCAUUCGCACACAUCUGUCAAAUUUGGCAAAGGCAUACCUCGAGAAGACUGAGUUUUGCACAACCGAAGGUGACAUGGCUAAGAGCUUGGAUGAGCGGAUUAAGGAGCAAGUAAAGCAUAUCGAAGAGAUGGAGAAGUCUUUGGCCGAGACAAAAAAGCUUAUCCUCAAGUUGGAAAAAGGAUUGGUGUCAGCCAAGGCAUAUCUAGGAUCGCUCAAUCAAGAAAAGGAGCGUCUGAAUUGCAAUAGUGUAGUCGAGCUUUGCCAAGUCUGCAUUGAGGCUGCCAAGGCUUUCGAAGACGAGCUUGGCCCCUUUUUUGCCAUUAAUCGGUCGCAUGUCCCAAUUUUCUCUUCAUGUUUUAUUCUUUUUCCUUUGUUGUAUGUUGACUGUUAGUGAUGUUGCCAUAAUGUAACCCUCUAGUUAUGUUUAUUCUGGGUUGAACAUCCUUGCUUCCAGCUAAGUCUGGGCCCUGUUGCUUGUUUACUUUCUUGCUCAUAUCUCUGUUGUUCUGAGCAUGGCAUUUGGACAAAUAAAUUUGUGCUAAAAAA